UGAACCUACCCACAAUGUCGACAACGAUGGUUUGGGCCGCCGUGCUGCUCUUUGGGGUGGCGGCGGUUUAUGCCUCGCGGCAACGCAAGCUUUCGCUGCCCCCUGGUCCUCCUGGUCUGCCUGUUCUUGGCAACGCGAUGGAUAUGACCCCGCACGAAAUGUGGCGGAGGGCCUGGCAAUGGGGAAAGGGAUAUGGAGACAUGAUUUACCUCAAAAUGUUUGGGUUCCGCCUCCUCUUCCUAAACAGUCCCGAAGCCGUCAACGAACUCCUCCACAAGCGCGGCGCGAUAUACUCUGAUCGUGCCCACUUCGUAAUGGCUUGCGAGCUCGCCGGGUUUGGCAAUAUCGUCCCGCUGACCAAAUACGGGGACAAGUUUAAGCUUGAACGGAAGCUGAUGAACCAGGCCCUUGGUUUCAGCGCACUCGAGAAGUGGCAGCCGGCUGUUGCGAGAGAGACGCAUUUGCUUCUCUCCAACCUGCUGGAGGAACCUCAGUCGCAUCUCACUCACUUCAAGAGAUACGCAGGUUCCCUAAUCCUUACGACUGUCUAUGGGUACCAUACGACGCUGAAAAACGACCCGUACAUCGCGGAUGCGGAGGAGUUUAUGGUUGCCUCCGCUCGCGCCAUGGGCGAGGCCUGGUCCGUCGACUUCUUCCCAUUGCUGCGCCACAUUCCCUGGCUGGGCUUCCAGAAAACUGCGGCGACCUGGAAGAGCAAGCUUGCCGUCUGGGUGGACAAGCCGUUCGACAUGUUCAAGUCCCUCCCCGACUCCGACCUGAAGCAAAAUUCGUUCUGCGGCAAUCUCUUGCUGGACGAUCAUGGCAACGUCUCCGUCGAUGCAGAGACGGAGGAUCGGGUCAAGUGGCUGGCCACGUCUCUAUAUGGACCGGGUUCGGACACGACCGUGGUCUCCAACACGAUUCUCAUCCUCGCGCUCGUGCACAACCCUCACGUCCUGAAGAAAGCGCAGAAGCAGAUCGACAGCGUGGUCGGAACAGACCGUUUGCCUACCUGGGCGGACAGGCCGCAACUGCCCUAUGUGGAUUGCAUUAUCAAAGAGGUCCUCCGGUGGGGCGUGCCCGUCCCCUUGAGUGGGUGCCUUCAACAGUUGAGCCGCAAACAUCGAAGUUUGACCGCGGUGACUCCUCUCGCAGCGCCGCCCCACAGGUUGAUUCAGCCCGACAAGUACCGCGAAUACCAGCUUGAGGAAGGAACGAUGUGCGUGGGAAACAUGUGGGCCUGUCUCCACGACGAGAAGCUGUACCCCGACCCGGAGAAGUUCUUCCCCGAACGCUUCGAGCUCGAGAAGGACCCCGAACGCCUCCGGCUGAUGGACACGGACAACUACGCGUUCGGCUUCGGAAGACGGCGCUGCCCCGGGAUGCACUUCGCGGACCAGUCCCUCUUCCUCACCUUCUCGUCGAUCAUGGCGUGCUUCGAUAUCGCACCCAUCACCGACAGCAGCGGCGAACCGAUCCUGCCCGACGUGGAGUUCAACGGCGGUGUGUUCAGGCACCCCAAGCCAUUCAAGUGCUCCAUCACCCCGCGCCGCGAGAACGUCGAGUCCCUCAUCCAGGCCGCUCUGUCCACCACGUUGAUCUAGAUUCUCUUGAACGCAGUUCUUGGUAGCAGAGCAUAUGUAGUUCUAGUUCCCUGAGCGACCGUCUUUCAUGCUGUAAUCUCGUAGAAUUUCUAGACCAUAAUAAAUGCAACGUCGACAAGCAUGACGCGUCGUCUCGUCUUCAUCAUCGCAUUAACAUGUGUCGACUACUAGUCUCCUGAUCCCAAAGACGCAAUUACAACCAAGACAUGUAAGGGUAGUUCGUAGACAGAAAGGGGCUGGCGCCGGUGCUCAGCACGACUGCAGAGCUGCAGAGAGAAAGGCGGAAGGGCGAGGGUGUAGCAGCGUGGCGUCCUUGUCCCCGCAUUCCUCCAUCGACCACGCCCACGACACUCUGCAAGCUCCAAACCACAGUCCAAUAUUGAGUAUCAUGCGACUGCAUGCGUGCGUGCUGAACGGAUUGCACCCUGAAGAGACGCGUCGAAGCGGCAGGGGCUCGGGGCAGCGGCGCGUCAGCUCAUCAAUGGUCCCGUAUCGCCGCCUUGAAGAACUCGUACGACAGCCAGCAGAGCGCGUUGCUCGGCAUGAACGUCAGCACGCGCGGCGAGAGCCCGCGCAGGAAGCCCUUCGCGCCGUCGCGCGUCCAGAUGAUGCGCGCCGCGUCGAAGAGGCCCCUGCAGCGUCGGAUCUCCGCGUCGUGGCUCGACCCGCGCGUCUGGAGGACCGUCUUCGCGACGUCGAGCGGGGUCGUCACCGCGCCCGCAACGGCGCCGGCGAGGCCUCCCGCAACGAUGUGCGUCGAGGGCGAGUACGCGCCCUGCGGGUUGAGGAGCGUCUUGAGCUGCUCGUACACCGUAAACUGGACCGCGGUGAAGGGCACGGUCAUGGUGAGCGUCGUCGGGUAGGAGACGUAGAACGCGCCGAGGCCCUCGGCGCGGUACACGGUCUUGGCGCACUCGUAUGCAGAGCGGUAGUUUGACUUGUGCAGCUGCAUGCGCUGCUUGAUCACGUCAAAGGGAUUCAUGAGCGCGUCGCUCGCGACCGUCGCGGACGCGCCUGCUAUUGCUGUUCAUGGCGCAGCAAUUAGACGUCGUCAUGACGUGCGUUUUGAGGCGCGUGCGCAUGCGUUCCGGACAUUCGGCGGCGGCGUUCGUUGAUAGGAGGCCCCAGGUGUUCCGACACAGUCAAGUCAGAAAAUGUAGGAUGCCGAGAGAAACGCAAAGUCAGUGCCCCCAUGCGCGAAGAACAUGGAGGUCCGCGAGAGACGACUGCACGCACAAGUUGCUAUCCACUGGUUCUGCGCACCCUCCACGUUCCCACCCGCGAACUCCUUCACCAUCUCGUACGCGCCGAAGUGCACCGCGUGUGCGGGCCCCGCGCCCAUGAUGACCGACGAGACCCCGCGCCAGAGGGCGCGCAUGCCCUCCGUCGAUGAUAUCCGCGUGAACGCGUUUCCGACGCCCGUGUACACCGCCGCUGGGGACGUCGCGAACACCUGCAUGCGGGUCUGUUGGGCCGUACGGGCGCGUACGUGUCAGACGCAUGUUGAGCAAGAAAUCGGGCAGGAUCCUGUGAGGGCGGGCGGGACACGCACUUUUAUGCUGUCCACCGGAAACAUGACUGCGUGCUCCGUGAUGCCUGCCUGAAAACGUUACUGUUCAGCGAACAAACUCGUCUCCGCUUCUCCUGAUAGCUAAUGUUCUUCGCUCUGGAGUGCUCGGCUGGUAAUGUACUCACCAGGGCUCCCGCAGCCAUGUUGACCCCAAGGCCCGCAUUGGGCGAGAGACCCUCAUACUCGAUCUCUUCGAGAUGCUCAGGCAUGUGUUCUGCCAUGCCCUCUUGGACCGAUUUCGGUGAACGAUAGUGCAAACGUAGGCACAAAAACGCGCGAGUCGCGGUCGACCAGGCAAGGGUAGAUCACAAACGCGUCGUAGCAGCCGCGGUGGACGUGACGCGGAGAGUCGAGACAGCAAGGGGGAGAGAUACAGGAGCGGACGCGUGGGUCGGCCAGCAAGGCGUGCGUGGUGGCGCAGCAGCGAUGACGGCGAGCGGUGGGACCCUGGGCGUGGCAAGCUUUAGGCUUGGUUUUAUAGCCCGAGCUGACUGUCUGGAAUUCAGGUCACGAUGUUCUCAGACCGGUGUAUGGUCAGCGGUGCCGCGCUGCUGGUUCGUG